CAGUAACCCGCAGAGAGCGUACACAUUUGUGACAGUGAGAUUUGAGCGACUUUGUUUUCUUCAUGUUUUUAUUUCAUAACUGGAAUAAACUGUACUUUAACAGAUAAUAAUGCCAAAGGGAGGACAUAGAUAUGCAAAUAUGGAGCAGGAUGGCAAAUGGUUUGCCCAUGACGGCUCACAACAAAGUGAGUUAACACGAGAAACCUGCACCACCACAGGAGCCAUGUUAUCCCAGGCCAUACCACAACACCUGCAAGGACAAAAGAGAUAUCCCAAAACUUUGCUCAAGCAUGAGAAGAAUAUAGUCGAAGGGAGAUACACAUAUUCAAAGCAUGAUAACCGAGCUGCACUGGAAGAUAAUAUUGAAACAUAUGAUCAUGGAUUGGGUCGUAAGAAGUGCCUGGAUGACCGCCGGCAACAUAACUCUCAUUUCUGCCUCUGUCAUGAUAACAAUCCCGGUGAAGUGCAGUUUGGAAAACAUUCCCUUUAUCAGAUGGACUUUCUGCCUCAGCAGAGCACAGAGAGCACUGAAGGCACACAGAACAGACGACGGUUUCCCAAGAACCACCUGGAGCAGUCCCGUCAGGCUGCUAUGGCCCAGGAUGAAGAGCAAUUCAUGUGGUUUGGAAGACAUGAUUUAAAUCAACGCACACCUCUUAGUGUACUGGCAGAGUCGAACCUCUCUCUAGGCUCGAAACUGACAUAAUUCAGUCACAGAAGCACACAUUAAAGCAUGAUUUGUAUUAA